AUGCUUUCCUCCAGGAUGCGACCCAGUCUAUGUCCCUUCUGCGAGGCCGCAGCUAUGAUGGCGCGCCCGGUCUUCAUUAUGCGCCCCGCGCGCCACAUGGCUACCAUGCAAAAACCGAGACCUUCGCGAAUGGAUCUGUCGCCCAAAGUCGCUCUUCCCAAUGCCAAACCCCCGAAGCGACGUACAAAUAGCCCUUUUGGUGGCAUGAAUGUCACACAUGCCGACUUCCGCAAUGCCCCUCGCCAACGUCCCUCGUCGGCCGAGCAAAAGAGAGCAACUCGAAAUGCUCCAGAAAAGUACAAGCCAAAGGAUGAAAAAGAGAAGGACUCGUUCAAGGCUUUGAAGAUGCAGCGUGCUCUCAGUCAAGUCUCUUACAGCCAUCGUUCUGCUGUCAAGCAGAGCAUAGCCGAUACUGAAUCUUUCAACGAGUUCGGUUUAUUACCUACCGUUCAUCAGUCCAUCUCAACUCAGGCUUUGAACGGUUUGGAAGACACAUCUCCCACACCCAUUCAACGGCUCGCCAUUCCUGCUCUUCUCGGGACCAAUGGCAAAGGAUCCAAGAACACUCAAUCGAUGCAACAGUACCUCUUGGCCGCAGAAACCGGAUCAGGCAAGACCCUAGCCUAUCUGUUACCCAUCAUCGAUGCGCUGAAGCGCGCUGAAAUUGCUCAGGCCGAACAAGAUGCUCAAGUGGAGAAGGAAGCAGCUGCGCGCAAGAACAUUUUCGAGCUCGAAUCACCACCACUGUCCAACGAACCUCAUCCCACGACAGGCCGUCCACGUGCCAUCAUCUUGGUCCCGACCGCAGAGCUAGUGCAGCAAGUCGGCGCCCUGGCCAAGUCCUUAUCCCACACAACCAAGUUCCGUGCAGCUCUUAUCUCUGCCAACUUUACCGGUACCGUUAUUCGCAAUCGCCUGUUCUCUCCUUCAGGCGUCGAUCUCCUGAUUUCUACCCCACAUCUGCUUGCGAGCAUUAGUGAGAACGACCCCAAUGUACUUUCACGAGUAACUCAUCUGGUUAUUGAUGAGGCCGAUUCGCUUCUUGACCGCUCCUUCGCACCUAUCACUGGCAGCAUCCUCGAUCGUGCCACUCCAAGCCUUAAACAACUCGUGCUCUGUUCCGCUACCAUUCCCCGCAGUCUUGAUGCCUACCUUCGUAAGCGGUUCCCGGACAUUCGUCGUCUUGCUACUCCAAACCUGCACGCCAUUCCUCGUCGUGUCCAGCUGAGCGUGGUGGAUGUCGAGAAAGAUCCUUAUAAGGGCAACAGAGAUCUUGCUUGCGCAGACACUGUGUGGAAUCUUGGUCGCGAAGCAGGGGAAGAUGCUGUCAAGAGGGUGAUUGUCUUUGUCAACGAGCGCGAAAAGUGUUUCGAGCUGUCGCUGUACCUCCAGAGUAAAGGUGUCGAUGCCAUGGCUCUCAGCCGUGACUCUGACGAACGUAAGCAAGCUCAAGUGCUUGCCGAGUUCACUGGUACGGCUAUCAGUUCGAAAUCUGGCCAGGCUGAGCCAUCAAUGCAUCGCCCUCUGCCUGGUAAGAGGCAAUUGAACAACACAAAGGUGCUUGUCAUGACUGAUCUUGGGUCUCGUGGCAUCGAUACCUUGAUGGUUCGCAACGUCAUUUUGUAUGAUGUACCCCACACUAGUAUCGACUUCAUCCAUCGUCUGGGUCGUGUUGGUCGCAUGGGCAGACGCGGCCGAGGUAUUGUUCUCGUAGGCAAGGGAGACCGCAGAGACAUUGUCAAGGAGGUUCGCGAUGGAAUGUUCCGUGGCAGCGCUCUGAUCUAG